AGUUUAUAUUUACUAAAAUAAUUGCAUUUCCGUGUACUGUGGGAGACCAGAUAUAGUGAAUGCAGGGUCCGGGGAGACCGGGUAUAGUGAAUGCAGGGUCCGGGGAGACCGGGUAUAGUGAAUGCAGGGUCCGGGGAGACCGGAUAUAGUGAAUGCAGGGGUCCGGGGAGACCAGAUAUAGUGAAUGCAGGGUCCGGGGAGACCAGAUAUAGUGAAUGCAGGGUCCGGGGAGACCGGAAAUAGUGAAUGCAGGGUCCGGGGAGACCAGAUAUAGUGAAUGCAGGGUCCGGGGAGACCAGAUAUAGUGAAUGCAGGGUCCGG